AUGGCUUCUCGACAUUCUCAAGAACUGCUCGUAGCCAUGUUGUUGUCGGCUGCCUGGGCAGUUGAGCCGACUUGCCCUGAAGCUUUCCCUGCCAGCUUUGUGCAAGUUGCAUAUGGAUUGAGAAACCUGCAUGAGGCACCAACACAAUGUGGCUACUUGGUGCCAGACAUGUGCGAUCCUUCUGCAGAUGCACCUUGCUCAAACAAUUGCAGGUACCACACGAAUGGCAAGGAUUGCUAUCGACCUGUUCAAGAUGUCUUGGAUGAUCACAGUGAUGUGGAAGACUUCGACGGGUUCUGCUACUUCAACUUCACUGCUUUCUUUGUCGGGCCACUUGGGGACCCGGACUUUCCGCAGGAGGUUGUGAACGGAAUCCUCAUGUUGCGUCGCAGUUAUCAAGGACUCAGCCAGGGACCUCUCGUCACCAUCAACUUGGAGGGCGAAAUGCUUACAACCCACGUGGACAGUUUGCACUAUGCCUAUGAUGAUGUAUAUGCGUUCUCUCUGGGGUUCUUACAGGGACAGGGUCUGGACCCUGAGUUGAUGCGGAACAGCACACACUGGAUCUCACUGUCUGAACAGGCAUGCAAGGGCCUACAGCACACAUACAACUUCAGCCGUGAAGAGCUCACAGUUGCUGACUGGCUUGACAUGAACAUUCCCAUCUUUGCCAGGAUACACUGCGCGGCCGGGUUACGUAUGGAGGAUACCUAUCCACCAUCUCUCUUCACAGAAUCCUUCAUCAACAGAUCUGGCUAUCGAAAUUGGGAAGACUGUCAGCAGGUUACCCGACGUGAUCUUGCAAAGCAUCACUACAUGAAGUGCAUGCUUGGCUAUCGCAACAGCGCCAAUGACAUGGCCUAUCUGAACGGAAGGGCAUGCCUACUUGAAGGAAACCGGAUUGGACACUUUUCUGAGUGUACAUAUGUGCCUGAUGUAGCAUUUUAG